AUGGCUGGAGUCGUGGCAGUACUGGUGGCCCUGGCGUUAGGGGCCCAGGCUGAGAAGGCCCCUGUUGGGUUCGGAGGCGGCUUUGGAGGCGGUGGCUACGGUGGUGGAGGCUUUGGAGGUGGCGGCUUCGGUGGCGGUGGUGGCGGAGGCUACGGCGGUGGCGGCUGUAUACCACAAGUGCACUACAAGACCCACUACAGGAACCAGCUUAACGAGGUGCCCGUGUACAAGACGGUGAUCAGCAAGAAACUGGUACUAGAGCCGUACACGGAUUACAUCUACAGUACCAUCUACAAGGAGAACACCCUCUACCUCACCAAGACGGACUACGUCACCAACACCGACUACCUUACCAGGGUGACCCACAAGCGAUACACGGAGACACUGUCGGAAGUACUCUACCUGCCCGACUACACCACAGUCACGCAGGACGUGACACAGUACCAACCGGUACUGCUGACCAAGCACGUCUACACCACUCAGAUCGCCCCCUACGCCAUCACCACCACUCAGGUCGAAACCGUCUACGACACGAUCACCAAGGAAACCGUCAUAGCGCACCAGAGCGAAGUGCCGGUGUUGAAGGCCCUCACCAUCACCAGAACCACCACCAAGUACCACAAUAUCGUCGUCACCGCUACGAAGAUCCCGUACGGUGACGAUAACCAAGAUAUCGUUCUCGUCACCAGUAGCAUCAUCAAAUACAAGCCAUCGUACGUCACCAAAGCGUACUAUCAAACACAGUACAUCACCACCACGAACAUUGAGAGAGUACCAUUAUACGUGACCAAAACGGUCGGCUUCGGCGGUGGAUACGGCGGCGGUGGAUUCGGUGGCGGUGGCGGCUUCGGUGGCGGUGGCGGCUUCGGUGGCGGUGGCGGCUUCGGUGGCGGUGGCGGCUUCGGAGGCGGUGGAUACGGCGGUGGCGGCUUCGGCGGCGGUGGGAAAAUCAUCCCAAAGCUCAAGCCCUGCUUACCUGUCACAAAGAUUGUUACGAAGGGCAAGCUGGUCGACCAUUAUGUGCCCAUCUACAAGACUGAGAUCAAGCCGAUCGUGGUACCCACUACCUUCUACGAGACCAACUACCUUACCAAGUACAACGUCGUUACCAAACUCAUCUACACCACUAUCUACGAUAAUCACAUCGAGUACGACUCUUCCGUGGCAGUUGGGACCCAUUACGUGAGUGUGACGGACAUCCAGCAGGUACCAGCCGUCACCACCGUCACCAACAUCGACCUACAAGUGGUGCCAUCUACAGUGACCAACAUCAAGGGCGUGACGGUAAGCUCGGCCACCGUCCUCGCCGACACCAUCUACUUCACCAAGACUAUUACCAAGCAACCCAUCUUCACCGCCACGGAGAAGGUGCCCUUUCCGGUAGUUACCACCGAGUACGCAGUCGUCACGGACACGAAGAUCGUCGCCGACACUGUUUACGUAACCGUUCCGCUUAAGAAGCCUCCUCCAGUAACAUCUAUCAUCACUAAAACAGAUGUGCAUUACACUCCAGUAGUCGUCACUACCACCAUCUUCUCCACCGUCUACGACACGGUGGUGGAGCGCCAGCAGGUGCCUUAUACCGUCGUCGUGUCAUUCCCCUGUGCCGCCGACAGCAGUGCGGUGGGCAGUGGCGCUGCUGCAGGCUUUGGCUUCAGCGACGCCAUAGCGAAAGAGGCUGGUGUGGCGGCUGCAGGUGUUGGAUUGACGACGGCAGGGGCUGGUGUAUUGGCAGCAAAUGCUGGAAGCCAAGGUCUUUCUCUCCUCUCGUCUCACGGCGACAGCUCUGGUGACAGUUAUUCGUCUUUAUAACAAAUGGCGCCAUUAAGCCGUUCUCUCUGUGUCCUGCUUGCCGGGCGCGGUCAAUGAGUCCGCUCCUGGCAGGUCGUUCUUACUGCAAGGCAAAAGUGCUUUGCCUUCAAUAUACAGUGAUUUGAUAAACAUACAUGACUUUCUCGAGAAGGAUAAAUAAGACUUGCAGAGUCUUAACAAGUGAUGUCCACGAGGGUAAUCAGACUUGUUCAAAGUUUAGCGAGUCCCCGUAGGUAGUAAGACGUGCCAAGUCUUACGUGUUCGUGGGUAAUAAAGACUUACCUUAAGGUGCUUCCGGGGCUUAGUGUCCCCCGCGGCCCGGUCGUCGACCACUCAUGCUAAGUCUAAUGAACCGUUUUUCAACGGGAGUGUAGCGGCACUCAAAGGCGUUGCUAAGGACCCACAAAGGUGCUCCAGGAAGUCGGGGGCAAAGGCGAAAAAAAUUUACAAUAAAAAUUAGCGUCUGGGUAAAUUUUAGCGGUGUAAAUGUUUCGUCAGACACCAUCACCGUCACUGUGUUGGUCUCGAUUGUUUCAAGCGCGGGUUGGACAAGUAUAUGAGUGGGAUUGGGUGGUUAUAGAUAGGAGCUGCCUCGUAUGGGCCAAUAGGCCUUCUGCAGUUACCUUUGGUCUUAUGUCUUGAGCCGCCUGUUAAUACCAUUGGGUGUUGUUAUUCAGUGUUUAAUUCGCUUUAUCGGACACAAAGCGUUAUACGACAAAGAGUGCUGGGAAGACGGGACACCACGAGCGUAGCUCUCGUCCUUUAACUACACUUAGGUAAUUACGUAAUUACAGUAACCAUAUGCAUGCAUAUUGGUGUACCUCCUCUGGUGUGAUUGUAGGGACCCGUAGCCUCAGCGAAGAGAAUAACGAGCAUUUACAGAACAACGUGUUUGACUCGACAUACGUGAGUAUGCGCUUCUGCGCACGCGCGCUCUCUUGCUCUCUCUCACACACUUACGAUAUCAAUCUUCGGCUAUCCAGAGAAUCUAUCGAAUCUGAUGCUCCUACAGGAGAGGACAUCACAGAAAUCUAUCUGUGCCCUGUAUUUGCAACCGUUGCGACAGGUUCCAGUUAUCUUGAGGUUAUCUUGAGAUGAUUUCGGGGCUUUUUAGUGUCCCCGCGGCCCGGUCCUCGACCAGGCCUCCACCCCCAGGAAGCAGCCCGUGACAGCUGACUAACACCCA